AUGGAAGGAGGCGGCAAACCCAACUCCUCGUCCAACAGCCGGGACGAUGGCAACAGCGUCUUCCCCGCCAAGGCGCCCGCGACGGGCGCGGGGUCGGCCGCGGCCGACAAGCGCCUGGGCACCCCGCCGGGGGGCGGCGGGGCCGGCGCGAAGGAGCACGGCAACUCGGUGUGCUUCAAGGUGGACGGCGGCGGCGGCGGCGGCGAGGAGUCGGCCGGGGGCUUCGAGGACGCCGAGGGCCCCCGGCGGCAGUACGGCUUCAUGCAGAGGCAGUUCACCUCCAUGCUGCAGCCCGGGGUCAACAAAUUCUCCCUCCGCAUGUUUGGGAGCCAGAAGGCGGUGGAAAAGGAGCAGGAAAGGGUUAAAACUGCAGGCUUCUGGAUUAUCCACCCUUACAGCGAUUUCAGGUUUUAUUGGGAUUUAAUAAUGCUUAUAAUGAUGGUUGGAAAUCUGGUCAUCAUACCAGUUGGAAUCACAUUCUUUACAGAACAAACAACAACACCAUGGAUUAUUUUCAAUGUGGCAUCAGAUACAGUUUUCCUUUUGGACCUGAUAAUGAAUUUUAGGACUGGCACUGUCAAUGAAGACAGUUCUGAAAUCAUCCUGGACCCUAAAGUGAUCAAGAUGAAUUAUUUAAAAAGCUGGUUUGUGGUUGACUUCAUCUCAUCAAUCCCAGUGGAUUAUAUCUUUCUCAUUGUAGAAAAAGGAAUGGAUUCAGAAGUUUACAAGACAGCCAGGGCACUUCGCAUUGUGAGGUUUACAAAAAUUCUCAGUCUCUUGCGUUUGUUGCGACUUUCAAGGUUAAUUAGAUACAUACAUCAGUGGGAAGAGAUUUUCCACAUGACAUAUGACCUUGCCAGCGCGGUGGUGAGAAUUUUUAACCUCAUCGGCAUGAUGUUGCUCCUGUGCCACUGGGAUGGCUGUCUUCAGUUCUUAGUCCCACUAUUGCAGGACUUCCCACCGGACUGCUGGGUGUCUCUGAAUGAAAUGGUUAAUGAUUCGUGGGGAAAGCAGUAUUCAUAUGCACUCUUCAAAGCUAUGAGUCACAUGCUGUGCAUUGGGUAUGGAGCCCAGGCCCCAGUCAGCAUGUCUGACCUCUGGAUUACCAUGCUGAGCAUGAUCGUUGGGGCCACCUGCUAUGCCAUGUUUGUCGGCCAUGCCACGGCUUUAAUCCAGUCUUUGGAUUCUUCAAGGCGCCAAUAUCAAGAGAAGUAUAAGCAAGUGGAACAAUACAUGUCCUUCCAUAAGUUACCAGCUGAUAUGCGUCAGAAGAUACACGAUUAUUAUGAACACAGAUACCAAGGCAAAAUCUUUGAUGAGGAAAACAUUCUCAAUGAACUCAACGAUCCUCUGAGAGAGGAGAUAGUCAACUUCAACUGUCGGAAACUAGUGGCUACAAUGCCACUGUUUGCUAAUGCGGACCCCAAUUUUGUGACUGCCAUGCUGAGCAAGUUGAGAUUUGAGGUGUUUCAACCUGGAGAUUAUAUCAUACGAGAAGGAGCUGUGGGUAAAAAGAUGUAUUUCAUUCAACAUGGCGUUGCUGGUGUCAUCACAAAAUCCAGUAAAGAAAUGAAGCUGACCGAUGGCUCCUACUUUGGAGAGAUUUGCUUGCUUACCAAGGGACGCCGCACUGCCAGUGUUCGAGCUGAUACAUAUUGUCGUCUUUAUUCACUAUCCGUGGACAAUUUCAAUGAGGUCCUGGAGGAAUAUCCAAUGAUGCGGAGAGCCUUUGAGACGGUUGCCAUUGACCGACUAGAUCGGAUAGGAAAGAAAAAUUCAAUUCUUCUGCAAAAGUUCCAGAAGGAUCUGAACACCGGCGUCUUCAACAAUCAGGAGAACGAGAUCCUGAAGCAGAUCGUGAAACACGACCGGGAGAUGGUGCAGGCAAUCGCUCCCAUCAGUUAUCCCCAAAUGACAGCCCUGAAUGCCACCUCUUCCACCACGACUCCGACCUCCCGCAUGAGGACGCAGUCUCCGCCGGUGUAUACAGCGACCAGCCUGUCCCACAGCAACCUGCAUUCCCCCAGCCCCAGCACACAGACCCCCCAGCCGUCAGCCAUCCUGUCACCCUGCUCCUACACCACUGCGGUCUGCAAAAGCUGGGGGAUAUUUGUCUUCGUGUGUUACCGGACUUUUACCAAGACUCAAUCAAUGUUAGCUAUCCCAGCUUGUGUGGAAGUACUCAACAAUGCUAGUCAAUGUAAUGUUGUCAUUAACAUGCUGGUGACAUCUGAUGGCGGGUCAGGAGCGCUCCUCCAGGCUGUGACAGUUCCUAAGAAACUUUUUGUCUUUGAUGACCUUGACUGUUUGGAGAAGUACAGCAUCACCGGCAACGAGUUUGCGGAGGUCCAGGUUCGAACCUACAAUAAACUACCCUUGCCGCUUGGCUUUGACUUACGACUCUGGUGGUCUUUUGUGGGAGGUUUUGGAACUUCAGGCAUUACAUUUGGAGGUCCCACCGAGAUCUCCCCCGAGCCCACCAGACUUCUGGUCAACGGGUCGUAUCUGAUUCUGAUCGAGGACGGAAAAAAGGAGACAAGAUGGAUUACGGGACUAAAUUGGGGAAUUUACCUGUAUCGGGGACCGCCUUACUUUGCAACUGUUAUUCAGAUAAGAUUAAAAAUAAAACCCAAAGCUUCACCAACACUAAUAAGGCCAAACCAGUCAGUAUGGCCCACAAGUAAGCCUAAUACUACCCUGCGGUCCACAAAUAAGGGUACUAAUCCUCCGGCCACUCAGGUGGUCACUGUAACCGGGACAACCCCAAGAAAACCUUAA